GGACUCCGCCUCUAUGUGGAAACGGAGGAUGGGCACAGCGUGGAUCCUGGCCUGGCUGGUCUGCUGGGGCGACGGGCACCGCGCUCCAGACAACCUUUCGUGGUCACCUUUUUCAGGGCGAGCCCCAGCCCUGUCCGAGCCCCUCGGGCAGUGAGGCCCCUGAAGAGGAGGCCGCCGAAAAGAACCAACGAGCUGCCGCCCCCCAACAAACUGCCAGGGAUCUUCGAUGACGUCCACGGCUCCCAUGGCCGGCAGGUGUGCCGCCGGCAUGAGCUCUACGUCAGCUUCCAGGACCUUGGCUGGCUGGAUUGGGUCAUCGCCCCCCAGGGCUACUCAGCCUAUUACUGUGAAGGGGAGUGCUCCUUCCCGCUGGACUCCUGCAUGAACGCCACCAACCACGCCAUCCUGCAGUCCCUGGUGCACCUGAUGAAGCCGGACGUGGUCCCCAAGGCGUGCUGCGCGCCCACCAAGCUGAGCGCCACCUCCGUGCUGUACUACGACAGCAGCAACAAUGUCAUCCUGCGCAAGCACCGCAACAUGGUGGUCCGGGCCUGCGGCUGCCACUGACCAGCCCGCACCCGCCCCAGGCACUAAGCCCCCUCGGCGGGGACCUCCGACGCUGUCACAGCUCAGCAGGGGCUGCGACGAGGGCCCUCCCUUCCCUCCCUGCCCACCUCCGGCCAGCCAGCCAUCUCCAGGCCGCUCUGCCCUGCCUGAGGUCAGGAUAGACUUCUGGCCUCCAGUCCUGCUGGUCUGAGUCAUCAAGCAGGGUUCUUCCCCAGCCGCCUUGGAGGCAUCCUCUGGCAUUGGCACAAAGUUUGUCUGAGGACCAUGCCUGUCUGUUGCUGGCUCAGCUGUGGGCAGACGUGGGAUGAACUGAGAGGCACCUAGAGCCCAGGAUGGCCACCUUCGGCCCUUCACUGGCCAUGAUGGGGUUUGGGGAUGUGUAGAUGGGUCCUGGUCCAUCUCCGGUUGCCUGCCCUUCCCUUGCAAAACGGGGCAGUUCUAGGCACUUCUGUUGAAGUGUGGAGUCACACUCAGUGUUCUCUAUUUGGGGAUCUGAAUUACCAAACUGCUGGCCACAAGGAGGCAUGUGAGUCACCUCCAGAAAGAGCUGAACGAACAACAUGAUUUAGGGCUAAGGCCAAUGGCACUUAUCUUCCCUGACUUCCUGCCUUGAUCUGCCUCUGCUGUCUAGGGGAAGACAUGCAGUGCACAGACACUUUGGAAAAACAAAAAAAUCUUGGGGGCUUCAUUGACCCCAUCUAUCUGUCACCAUGUUGAACCAUUAGGAGUUCAGCUCUGUGGAAAAGUCCUCUUUUUGCUGAGACAAGUAUGGUAGAUACGUCAGGUGGCCUGGGAUGACAGUACCCAGCACAGGUGACAUAGUUUCUGUUCCUUGUCUGCAUGGCAAUCAUCAAUAACCAACCCUGAUAUUUCUUUCAAAUCUGGAUAGAAUUCCAGCCACUGCCAACAAAUCAGAGUUGUCACGUGAAGUGAAAACCAUCUACCAUCUUCUGCUAAGGAGUGAGCCACUCCACCCAGGGUGGCACAUCUGGACACUGGCCUGUGGCCAGGUGUGGGGUGAGGGUAGGGCUUAUCAGUACCGGCCUAUGUCCAGGAGUUGUCAAAAACAGCCUGGUCACCCAAGUCUGCAUCACCCCGUGUGCCCAGGAGCCCAGUCCUGUUCCUUGGGACCUGUCCCAGGGGAGUGACAGGUGGCAAUUAGGCUGAGCUGGGUGGGGCGGUUCCCGGAAACCACUAUUCUUGGAGCAGCCACCAGCAGUUGGAGUGU